CUUACUGCUUACACAUAAUCUUAUUUUUUGAUAUUUUUAUAAUUUCUUCACGCGUUUAUAUCGUGUGCUGUAUGUAAGUUGUGAAAGAAUUUUGUUGACUGACUUUUUAAGCAGACUCGUGUGUGAUAGAUUAAAUUAACAAAUAUACAAGGCACAAAUAUGAGAAUACCUUAUAUGAAGAUUGUGAUUUAUGUACUGACUUUUAUCGGAUAUUGUUAUUCGGGAUAUGGUUCCUCUAUUCUAAAAUCCUUAAGAGAUGCUGUGCUUAGUUCAGAAGUUUUAUUUGGAGAUGUUUUUAAGAAUUUCAUAACAUUAAGCAAGAAGUUUAAGACUGUCCACGAAAUUUUCGACACAGCUGUAGAAGAAAAUUGUAUUUUUAAAUGCCCUGGAUAUCCAGAUGUUCAUCCUCAAAAAAAUAAGCUUCAUGUACCUUCGUCUGACGGUUGUGGUUCAUUAGGAAUGAAAAUAGAUACAGAAUAUUUACCGGCACCAGAAAUGGGAAAAUGUUGUGAUGAUCAUGAUAUUUGCUAUGAUACGUGCAAUAGUGAUAAAGAUAUUUGUGAUCUGGAUUUUAAAAGGUGUCUCUAUAAAUAUUGCGAUUCGUUUGAAAAAAGUGCUGCUGGUGAAAUAUUAAUUAAAGGAUGCAAAGCAGCAGCAAAAAUGUUAUUUACUGGAACAAUGACUUUAGGAUGUAAGGCAUACCUUGAUGCACAAGAAAGAGCCUGCUUUUGUCCUCAACUAGGUUCUCAAAAUCAAGGAAAAUAUGAAAAGGAGAAAUUUAAGAAGCCAAAGGAUAGGAAAAACUAUAACUGGAAAUCAGAUUUGUGAAUUUAAUGCUUAAUUCAAAUAGCCUUCACCCCA